AACCAAUGGGAGCGCUGGAUUCGCCUGCGGCGCUGGGAGCAGAGUCUGACCGAGCGACAGCGCCCCAAAUCCGGGCACAGACGGCACGACACGCCGCGGAGGCUGCACCAUGCCCAACAAAACCAAGAAGGACAAGGAUUCAAAUAAAUCCACUAAAAGCAGCUCUAAAAACAGCUUGAACAACAACAACAAAGAUGGGCCUCAUGAGAACUCAGACGAGAAUAAGCGCACCCCCACCUCCGCCCCUCCUCCCACACAACUCAACAAAAUCAAGUACUCCCCGGCAACCACCGUUGUCAAGAAGGAACGACGCCACAGCUCGUCACGCUUCAGCCUCAGCAAGAACCGCGAGCUGCACAAGCUGCCCGCGCUCAAAGAUGCCCCAGUGGUGGAGCGGGAGGAACUGUUUGUGCAGAAGUUGCGUCAGUGCUGCGUUCUGUUCGACUUCGUGUCUGAUCCUCUGUCUGACCUCAAGUACAAAGAAGUGAAACGCGCUGGACUCAACGAGAUGGUGGAGUUCAUCACACACAACACCGAGGUACUCACGGACACCAUCUACCCCGAGGCUGUGCUCAUGUUUUCGAUGAACGUGUUCCGGACUCUUCCUCCGUCCUCAAACCCAACCGGAGCUGAGUUUGACCCAGAGGAAGACGAGCCCACGCUGGAGGCAGCCUGGCCCCACCUGCAGUUGGUGUACGAGUUUUUCUUGCGUUUUCUGGAGUCUCCAGAUUUUCAGCCAAAUAUUGCUAAGAAAUACAUCGACCAGAAGUUUGUGCUGUCGUUGCUGGAGCUGUUCGACAGUGAGGACCCAAGAGAGAGGGACUUCCUGAAGACCAUUCUCCACCGAAUCUACGGCAAGUUCCUUGGUCUGAGAGCCUAUAUCCGCCGCCAGAUCAACAACAUCUUCUACAGAUUUAUUUAUGAAACUGAACAUCACAACGGCAUCGCAGAACUACUGGAGAUACUGGGCAGUAUAAUAAAUGGUUUUGCACUGCCACUGAAGGAGGAACACAAAAUGUUUCUAAUCCGAAUCCUGCUCCCCCUGCACAAAGUCAAGAGUCUGAGCGUCUACCACCCCCAGUUGGCGUACUGUGUGGUGCAGUUCCUGGAGAAGGACAGCAGCUUGACAGAGCCGGUGAUCAUGGGGCUGUUGAAGUUCUGGCCAAAGACCCAUAGUCCCAAAGAGGUGAUGUUCUUGAACGAGCUGGAGGAGAUCCUGGAUGUCAUCGAGCCUCAAGAGUUUGUCCGAGUCCAAGAACCUCUGUUCAGACAGCUGUCCAAGUGUGUGUCCAGCCCCCACUUCCAGGUGGCGGAGAGAGCGCUGUAUUACUGGAAUAAUGAGUACAUCAUGAGUCUGAUCAGCGAUAAUGCAGCAAAGAUCCUCCCCAUAAUGUUCGCCGCUUUGUACAAGAACAGCAAGAGCCACUGGAACAAAACGAUUCAUGGUCUGAUCUAUAAUGCUCUCAAACUCUUCAUGGAAAUGAACCAGAAACUGUUCGACGACUGCACCCAGCAGUACAAGGCCGAUAAGCAGAAAUACGAUGGUCCAUGUACUGCAGCGCCCCCUGCUGAUGGACUGUUGUACUUCUGUGUCAGGGAAAAAUACAAGCUGAAGGAGAGAGAAGAAGUGUGGAGCAGGAUCGAGGGGCUGGCCCGACAAAACCCACAGAGCCACAAAAUGCAGCCUCUGCGUCCAGGACUGUGCCCAGACCAACAGGUGGCGCUGGUGGACAGCCUGAGCGUGGUUUACUCGAUGGAGAUGGACACACCCACCACAGAAGAAGACAUCCAACUGCUGAAGAAGACAGUGGAGAGCGAGGCUGCACAGGGUGUGAAGGACCUAAAGAAGGACAAGGUACUGAUGAGGAGGAAGUCUGAGUUGCCACAGGACGUUUACACUAUCAAAGCUCUGGAGGCCCACAAGCGAGCCGAAGAGUACCUCACAGCCAAUCAGGAGGCUCUCUGAUCCCUCACAGCCAAUUAGGAGGCUAUCUCAUCCACCACAGCAAAUCAGGAGGCCCUCUGAUCCCUCACAGCCAAUCAAAAGGCUCUCUAAUCCUCUACAGCCAAUCGUGAGGUUCUUUUAUCCUCUACGGCCAAUCAGGAGGCUCUCUGAUCCUCUACGGCCAAUCAGAGAUAGUUACUAACACUGCUCCAUGUCCCACCUCUAACCCUACCCCUCCACUGCAGCAGCCAAUCAUGCGUCAGCACGGACACUGAAUGUAGUCAACCAAUCAGAGCGCAGGACUAAUCUAAGAGAAGGCGGACAUUUUGUGUCAUUCCACGCUUUGAUUGGACCAAACGUUUCAUCCAAUAAAAACUGUUUGUCUC